ACCCUACCCUUUUGAGAACUCCCCUUCUCCGCCACUACCCAAGCUCUCCCUUGUACCCCCACACCGCCGCCGCUGCUGCUAGGGAGCUUCCAUCCGCGCGCCUACAACGAGAGCUAGCAGCAGUAGCGGCCGCUAUCUUGUCGCUCCGGCACCGGCCGUGUACCCAAGCCCCAGCCCAGAUGCCGCAGAUGGACGGGCCCGCUGAUCAGAUCGCCGCCGGCUGGUUCGCCGCGGAGCCGGCUGCCGAGCGGCCCGUGGCCCUUCCCAGGACCGGCUCGUCCAGUCGCCUCAACGCGCAGGCGCCGGAGUUCGUGCCACGGGGGCCGCCGUCGCCGGCGCCGGCGGUUGUGGUGCCGCCUCCGCCGCAGGUGAUCCGCAUGUUCGCCGCGCCUCCCCCGCCUCCGCGGGCUGCCUUUUUCGCCGCGCCGCCGCCCCGGCCGUUCGAGUACUACGCGCCUGUGGCGGGACGCGGCGGAUUUGCUGCCAAGGAGCAGCAGGCGCCGGAGCCUGAGCCGGAAGCGGAGAUGCUCCCGCCCGCCGCGGUGAAGGCGGAGCCGGUGGUGGAUGGGCUCGACGACGAGGUGGUGCACAAGAUCACCAAGCAGGUGGAAUACUAUUUUAGUGACAUCAACCUUGCAACUACAGAACAUUUGAUGAGAUUCAUUACCAAGGAUCCUGAGGGAUAUGUGCCAAUAUCAGUAAUUGCUGGUUUUAAGAAAGUAAAAGCUUCCGUGCAUAACAAUGUGAUGCUUGCUGCGGCUCUCCGAACCUCAUCAAAACUUGUUGUAAGUGAUGAUGGUAAGAGAGUCAAACGGCAGGAGCCAUUUACAGAAUCUGAUUUGCAGGAGCUCCAGUCCCGGAUUGUUGUUGCAGAAAAUCUUCCUGGUGAUCCCUCCUACCAGAAUCUUAAGAAGAUAUUUUCAGCUGUUGGCAGUGUGAUUUCAAUCCGAACUUGCUAUCCUCAGACUCCAAAUGGCACUGGUCCUGCAACUAAUAGAUCUGCCAAGUUAGAUAUGCUUUUUGCUAACAAGCUGCACGCUUUCGUGGAGUACGAAACUCCUGAGGAUGCUGAGAAGGCAAUUUUGGAGCUUAAUGAUGAGAAAAACUGGAGAAAUGGGCUUAGAGUUCGUUUGCUGAAUACUUGCACGGUGAAGGGGGCAGGCAAAGGCAAAAAAGGUGUGCAUGAAACUGAUGGAAAUGGUGAGGAGGAUGUCUCCACUUCGAACCAUUCAAACGAGAAAUUGUUUGAAGAAUCCUCUCAACUGUUAGAUGUACUGCCAGAACACUUGUUUGAUGAGAACUUCAACGACAAAGAAGUUCCCAAACGCGGCAAAGGGCGCGGCCGCGGUGGCAGAGGGCGUGGGCGUGGCAACCAUCAAUAUAACAAUAACCAGCACCACCAGAACAACCAGCAGCACUACAAUCACCAUGGCAACAACCACCUUGGUGGGAACCGUGGCAGCCCCCACCCUGUUGGCACUCCACCGCAUAACCUGAUAACCAAGCCCGAGCAGUACCCGCAGCUGCCGAUUGGGGCCAACAAGCUUCCACCAGGCCCCCGCAUGCCUGAUGGCACCCGGGGUUUCACCAUGGGCAGGGGGAAGCCACAAGCUGUGCUACCUGGUUUGUGUGCUGUUGGUGAGUCUUGAUGUAAUGGACUAGUGUUGGUGGUGAGGGGCAUGCGGAUUGCUGCUCAUAUGCUUGUAUAUCAUUGGUGGGAGUAUUUGUGCGUGAAACUUCGUUGCGGAUACAGUGAGUUGGUGUUGCCAAAACCAGAUGGUUUGGUUCGUGUGUUACCAUCUAUUUAUAUUUGUGUGCCUGGGCAAUUUGGUCGUUGGGAACAGGGUAUCUACCAUUUUUUUUUGAAAGAUUGGUAUCUAUCAUAGAAGAGGACAAGGAAUGAGAGCAUAGGCUUUGUUUGGAUGUCCACUUACAACACUUGAGGUGAGUACAUGAGCAAUCAAACAAGCACUAAGUGUGAUGAGUUA